AACAGUGAAACUUUUUGUUCCAACUGCGUUCAGCCAGUCGAGUAGCCACCGUGCUCACGGGAGGACGAACGGCUACCGUUAAAAGACCUUUUUACUUUUUUGAAUCGAGUGAAUAACGGACAUUGGAAACUUGUGAAACUGCCGUUUUUUAUGCGAAUUUUUGACACUGUUCGUGAAUUACGUGAUGCAUUGCAACCGCAAGAUUUGGAUUUAAUGUUGUAAGGUGUUCAUGAUACACCAAGCUUCGACUUCAUAACCCAGUGGUCGACAAAGGGUCGUCACCAUGCUGCAACAGAUCCUGAGAGACAUGUGGGUGGACCCGGAGAUACUCGCCGAGCUCGACGAGACCCAGAAGCAGACUCUCUUCUGCAAGAUGAGGGAGGAACAGGUCCGUCGCUGGCAGGCGUGGGACCAGAAAAUCAGCAAAGAAGAGUCAGAUGAACCCAAGUUCACUAAAAACGGGAAAAAACAGGUCCAGUUCCUGAAAGGGGAAGAUGGCGAACCAUGGGUGUGGGUGAUGGGUGAACAUAAGGACGACAAGUCGAUCGAGACGAUACUCGCGGAGGAGGCGCGGCAGCGUGCGCUGGCGCAGGCUCGCCAGGAGGCGCACCAACUGCGCAAGUCUGUCGAGAAGGAACUCACGCAGCUCAUUGACUACAAACCGCUGGAUAGCUUGGAACAGAAGUUCGACUUGUCUCCCAAGAGCAUAGACUCCUUAGAAGACAAUCUGGAGAUCUACUGCACGGUGGAUGAGCUGAGACACCGGAUUGAAGCCCUGGAGCCCGAGGUGCCUGAUAAGCAGGACAUCAGCAAGAAGACCGCUUAUUGCAAUGAGAAUCUGAACCUGGAACUGAAUAAGAAUACUCUGCAUUUUAAUUUCAUUGAAGGGAAACGGGAUGUUUUGCAAGACUUAGGCAUCCCCAACACGGGUGACGGCGUGAGCCACCGCGUGGCGGCGUGGGAGCGGCGGGUGGCGGCGGCGCGCGCGGGGGACAUCCUGCGCGGCCUCAAGGCACGGCGGGCGCGGACCCUCAGGGACGCCCAACUGCACGCGCAGGAGGAUGAGGCGGCUUGGAGGGAACAGGAGCGCAAAGCGAAGGAGGCGGAGGCCGCCAUGCGGGAGAUCGCCCGCGCAGCGCGCGCCGCGCACCGCAUGAGCACCGAUCUGCCGCCCGCGCCGCCUGCGCCGCAAGCCGGCAAGCCUCCAAGCCGGGAGGCGGUGGUAGAGUGGUUCAGGAGCCACGAGCUGAAGCGCGGGGUCGGUGUGGACGAGAACAACAAGCCUGUUGACUGGUUCCAUGGUCUGAUAACCAGAUCAGAAGCGGAGCAGAUCCUGCAGAGCCAAGCAGCCGGCAGCUUCUUGGUACGCGUCUCGGAACGCGUGUGGGGGUACGCGGUCUCGUAUCGCGGGCCAGCACGCUGCAAGCACUUCCUGGUGGAGGCCACUGCUGGAUACCGGCUGCUGCCCUCGUCUUCACGCACUCAUGACACUUUAGCGGAUCUCAUCAACUACCACAAAACAGUGGCGAUCACCGAGUCAGGGGGCGAGUACCUUACAGCCGCGUGUCCACCAGCCAAGUCACCCACGCUUUAGUUCACUACUAUAACACGUUAUUUACCUUGACCACUUAGCAGAGAAUGUUGGUAGAACACCACACAUAAGUCUUACCUAUCACUCAAGUUAUAACAUUAUUAUGUCAACAAGCUAUUGCUUGUUGUGAAAAAAUCAAGGCAUUGUAUGUAGGUACCAGAAUCAUUCGAAUACUUUCUGAAUUAGACAAUAAAAAUCUAUAAACUGUCAAACCCAUAGAUUUGCGAAAAAAACUAUAUCUAGCCAUGAUUGAUACUGUUGAUAUCCUGUGAAACUCAUCUGGUAUUUAUUGCUAUCAUAAAUUUAUCUGCCAGAUAGGGUAUCAGACAGUUUAUCAGCAAGUUGUGCAACGGGCGAUGAUUUUCAUAAUUAAUCGGAACAUUCUCUACUAACUAGUGAAGCGAACAUUGUGUAUUGUAACCUAUAACUAUUAUUCAUAGGGACCAGUUUACACAUCAGUCAAUGUAUUUUAGUCAUUAAGUUGUAAUCGACGAUUGUAUCUAAAAUUUAUUACAUUGUGUACAGUAUAAUUAUGUUAUUCUCUGUAAAAAGAAUAUUAUUUUCUUUGGAUUCCGUCAGGGGCCUUGUUCUUUGUCUAUCACAUCGUAAAAGCGCAUCAUGAUAGGAUUGAGGGCCUAACCAAAGUGCUUAGGGUUUAGCUCUUUGCAAAAGCUGGCACAUGCCAGUCCGCCAAAGGUCCGUUUUGUUCUAUAGUCACAUGAUUCGCUUAUGUCUGUCAUAAAUUUUGUUCUGCUAAUAGUAUCGUAUGCGUCACCUUUCAAGCGACUUGGCUAGGCCGUCCCACCAUGAACCGUGUGAGAGAAACGAAAAGGUUCUCCAGCUAUUAGAUAUUUUCAGAAAAUAAAUGAAAUUGAUAUUAUAAGAUUUCUGUAUAUAACAAAAUACACGAUACCUUAUUUUGAUAUGACAAAGUCUUUAGGCUAUUUUUCAUAAAUAGGAGUUUAAGAUGCAAUAGAAAUGUCAUAGGUGCUAAUUCGAAUAUUUCAAUAAUUAUAGAAAAAGUGUAAGUAUGUAGUGAGUUGAUCUCGACAGUUUGUUGUCUUAUAGCAAAAUAAUAAAAACAAACGUAGAGAAAUUAAACUGUCAUCCAACUAGUUAGUGCAAUCUUAUUGGUUAAUAUUAAUCUAACAAUGGCGCCGAUUCCUGCAGACUGCAAAAUAAAAUUAGGAAAUUUUAUUUUAAGUUAUACCUGUCAUUUUUUAUCCGUCGAAAAGGAAAGGGACGGACGAUUGACAACUGUUAAUUUUAAAAUGAAUAAAUAGCCCGGGCGAAUAAAAUAGUUAUCUCGCUCAUAUGCAACCCAUUUGACAUGUGCUAUCAACUUAAUCUGUCGAGUUAUUGGCCAACAUAAAAUUCUGGGUUUUUUAAUUUCUGCUUUAAAUUGACGUGUUCCAUACAUUUUAUGCCCGUCGAUUACCCGUCCCUUUCUUUUUCAGCGGAUGAGAAAAUGACAGGUGUAACUUAAAAUAAAAUAAAAGAUUAUGAUUAGAUGGUGUGUACAGGAAUCAGCACGAAUAUUUAAAAUAUUUCUCCGUUUCUCCUCUCCGCUGUCUUGCUCCGCUGCGGUGGACAGGCAGCCUUAGAGGGGAGAUGUAACUAGAGGCGCCAUCUAUGAGCUUCGCGUGAACCUUCUCUAUGCAUUUCUAAGCGAUUAAGAACAAAAUGUAUUUAUUGUGAUAAUUUAUCCUUACCAUCUUGCUUCAUGCCCGGAACUCACGCCAGAAUUCUGAAGAACCAAAGUUAAAACACAGAAAUCUGCUUAUCUACGAGAUCUUAGUUAUUUGAAGCGAUUUGUAUGCCAUUAUGUCGUUUGUAGAUAAUCUAUAGAUCUAAAUACUAUUAAGUCAACUGCCAAUUUAGAAUAAAAAACUUGAAAAUUA